AUUACAGAAUGUUCUUCAUAUUGAUAUUGAUUUGAAGCAAGUGGUUAAUUCACGACGCAUAGCAAGGUUCUUCCUUUCUUCUACUCUGAUUGCUGUCUUUGAAGAUAUUGGCCAAUACUAGCUUUUCUAUAUUAAUUUGGGGAAUUUACUUGUUCAAUUGAAUAAUUAUGGACUUUGAUGAGUAUGAAUAUUUAGAGAAAACUGUUGAAAAUUCUGAAUUUAAGAACCAGAAAGAAACCACUAAUGGUGGUGAUAGGACUGUGAAAUCUGAAGAUAGAGGACGUAGUAGAAGCUCAAAACAUAAGGAUAGUGAGAAGGAUGAUGGUGAUGUUGAUCACUGUUUAAAGCAAUCGAAAUCCGGAGAUGUUUCUCGUGGUUAUGACAGGCAGAAAGAAAGAGGCUCAUCACGUCGUCGUUCACGGUCCAGAGAUGGAGAUAAGGAGAAGGAUCAGCACAGAAGCUCUCGGGGGAAUAAGGAUAGGAAGAGUGAUAGGGACAGAGACAGUGAAGACAAGUACAGAAGGGAGAGAGAUAGAGACCAGGACCUGGAAAGAGACAGAAGGAAUCGAGGGAGUGAGAGUGAAAAAGAAAAAGAGCGCUCUCGGCGAAGCGAAAGUAGAUUGCGCAGGCAUCAAAGUGAUUUGGAUAACAAAGACAGAGAGAUAAGUCGUGACAGGGAAUAUAGAGAGAGGGAAAGAAGCCGAGAUAAGGAUUUCAGAGACAGAGGAAUGGCAAGGGACUUGAAGGAACCGGAUAGAGAAAAUAGACGGCAUAAAGAGAAAAAGGAAGAAGCAGCAGAACCUGAAAUUGACCCUGAAAGAGAUCAAAGAACAGUGUUUGCUUAUCAGAUUUCUCUUAAAGCGGACGAAAGAGACGUUUAUGAGUUCUUCUCGAGGGCUGGCAAGGUGCGAGAUGUUCGAUUGAUUAUGGACCGCAAUUCAAGACGUUCUAAAGGUGUUGGGUAUAUUGAGUUCUAUGAUGUCAUGUCUGUUCCCAUGGCAAUAGCACUUUCAGGGCAACCUCUUCUUAGUCAACCAGUGAUGGUGAAGCCAUCAGAAGCAGAAAAGAAUUUGGUUCAGUCUACAGCAUCUGUUGCUAGUGGACCUACUGGAAAUUUAGGGCCUUAUUCUGGGGGUGCGAGAAGGCUCUAUAUAGGCAAUCUACAUUCUAGUAUUACUGAAUCUGAUCUUCGUAGGGUAUUUGAAGCAUUUGGUCAAGUUGAGCUAGUCCAGCUGCCUCUUGAUGACAUUGGGCAUUGCAAAGGCUUUGGCUUUGUGCAGUUUACCCGCCUUGAAGAUGCAAAAAAUGCUCAGAGCUUGAAUAGUCAAUUGGAAAUAGGUGGCAGGACAAUCAAGGUAUCAGCUGUUACUGAUCAACCUGGAAUGCAAGAAUUCGGCGGAAAUACUGGUGAUAUUGACGAUGAUGAAGGUGGUGGUUUGUCCUUGAAUGCCUCUUCCCGAGCAUUACUCAUGCAGAAGUUGGAUCGAAGUGGCACUGCAUCAAGUAUGGUUGGUUUUCUCGGCAAUUCUGCUGUCAACAAUACAGGCGUUAAUCUACAAGCAACGGGAAAUAUACCAGCAGGAGCUCUUUUAGGAGCUGCACCAGUGGGUUCACUGGUUUCCUCCCUUUCUUCUGUUCCUGCAUUAGCUGGACUGCCAGGUGGAGGUUUCCAAAUUCCAAUACUGACAAGUCCUUCUAUUGAAACAAUUGGCGUUCCAAGUGAAUGUUUAUUGUUAAGGAAUAUGUUUGAUCCCGAAAAUGAGAAGGAACCAGAUUUUGAUUUUGAUGUUAAAGAAGACGUUGAAGCAGAAUGCUCCAAGUUUGGGAACUUACAACAUAUAUAUGUUGAUAAGAAGAGUGCUGGAUUCGUCUACUUACGAUUUGAAGAUACCCAAUCUGCAAUAAGUGCACAGCGGGCCUUACAUGGAAGAUGGUUUGCGGGGAAGAUGAUCACCGCAAGCUUUAUGGUGCCCCAGUCAUAUGAGGAUAAAUUCCCAGACAGCAAAUAAAUUCUUUCUUGGGAUCCAUUAUCAAGAAGUGGAAUGAUGGGGAAUCUUGUUGGGAAAUUGGCAUUCUCAGAAAUAUUUGAGAAAGAUUUUUAAGGAAGCCAUAUACACCCCACCCACACGGAUCUUUCAUUAGUCCUUAUGACUUAAAAGAAGUUAAAAGGUGCUGCAGUUGCAAUACUUCACAUGUUUUGGGGGAUAUUAGUUUAAUUUAAGCAUCUUAGUACAAUGUUACUGUUGUAGCUUGCAGUGUUUUUGGUUGACACAGUGUUCUCUUAUUGGAGUCAAUUAAGUACCGUGUGUGUGCAUGGAUGGUGAAUGUUACUGUGUUCGAAUUCAGGGACAUGUAUUGAUACACUAAGGGUGUGUUUGGAUGGAGGCUUUUAGAACGGAGGGGAGAUUUUACUUUCCUUUUUCAAAUUAAGGAUACUAUAAAAUGUUUAUUUAUUUAUUUAAAAUCAAAUGUGAUUGAAAUAUUAUAUGAUCA